AUGUCGACUGAGAGUCGUAAAGCCUUUGUGGUAUCCACCAUUGCUUCCGCAAUCGCUCCACCUGGACAGCAGGAUCAAUAUGCGGCCUACCUAGCACAAGAUGAAAGCGGGGCAAUUGGAGCCUUCCUGGACUCACCUCAAACCACGUUACAAGCUGCAGUUUCUGGGCUGGGAACAGGCCAGCUUCAGCUGAAGCUAUCUAAUUCCGCUGAGUUCCCAGAUGCCUGCGAGUAUUCCGUGGUUCUUACCAAAAUGCGUGGCGAGCCACUGCAGUCAGAGGACGUCCCCACCGGUGUGACGGUUGCAACCGUUGCUCGCUCACCUCUAAGUGGCCUGUACCAUGUCCUCAAGGAUGUGUACAGCCCCCUGAUCCAGGCGCAAUCAGCCGCCGGCUCAGCAGUGCUUGACAAGCGCCUGCUUGAUCUCCUGACGCAAGUGCAAGCCGGCCUGGGGACUGCCGUCCGCAAGGGUAUGCCGGCAAGCGCACAGGAGGUGAUGGACCCAAACCAAGCUCCAAUCGAGGAAAUUGUAACGCCGUUGGACGAGAUUAACUUCUGGGCCGAGCUCACGAACAGCGCCAACGCAGGACCGAUCAAGAACUCAGCUCUUCAAGUUUCAGCAGCAUUAGAGCCACUGCGUCAGCAUUAUGAAUUGCUGUGCAGCCAUCCAGUACAGUCAGAUGGGGCCACAGGAGUGACCUGGGAGAUCGCUAAGGAACUCGUGGAUUUAACUGUUGCUGCGCUCCGGACAGUGUGGCCAAUUAAAUUGCCAAUCGGUGGCUGGGCAAUGGGUCAGAAACGCACCGACAAUUUUUUUCGUGUGGUUGGAGCCACCUUAGCGGCCUAUGUGCAGCGCCGUGUGAUGUGGUCAGCAACGCGCCAUGGCAGGGGCAACGCUGAGCUAUGGAACGGCCCAUUUGGUGAAAUCCGUGCCUUGCUGGUUGGAGGCAGUGGCCUCAUGGCACGCUGGGCCCGAGAGAGCAGCAACCUGGUGGAAGACUGGCGGCUGGGCGUGGAGACGGGCGGUCAUGACUGGGAAGGCACUGGCUUUACGGAUACAUACGCGCGCGCAUUCCAAGAGCGCAUUGAGGAGGUGUACAACAUGCGCGAGAUGCUCCAGGAGCUGGCAAAACUGUUGAGUCCUGAGGAGGCGGGUACACUUGGCCUACAGCAGGUCUUCACACCGUUUCAAGGGCUGGAGGCAUUGCAGGUGAGCGAAUACACAUCACACGUAUGGAGGGUCGCAAUUGAGGACUUUGAGCGGCGGAUGAGCCCCAUCGAGCAGUGCAUCAGCCAGAAGCUCAAGGAACUCUUCGGGUCGGUCAUUAUCCCUAGCCUCACAAGCGCAAUUGGUCCGGGACAUGGCGGAGACCGGUCUGCUGCCAGUGGUUCGCUGAUCCAGCCUCAGCAAGUGCUCGCCGAGGUUAAGCGCUACGGUGGUCUCAUGUGUCGUCGUACGAUUGCUGUGGCAUUGCAGACCGAGAAGGAGCAUCUGGCCAAGCAGGUUGAUCGGCACCUGGAAAGCAUGCAGGCCGAGUUUGACGCUCAACGCGACAAGGCUGCAGGUGGCACCAAGGUUGCCGCCGUGGGGCGCGUGACUGCAUCUAUCGUGGACCGUAUUAUGUGGUGUUUGCAGACCUCGCAGAAACUUACCAAGGUCAGCGAAGUGCUGCGGCACAUGCUUCGUGGCGGCGUGGGCGGCGAUGAGGGUACCGGUAGUGUGGCGCUGCGCAAUACCCUUGGCGUAGUAUCGGAGCUCUCAAAGGAGGUGGAGGCUUUCCGCAAGGAGCAGUACACCGCAUGGGAGGACUGGAUAUCUGAGGAGCUGGAUGAUAUGGCAAACUGGAAGAACAACAAGCUGAUGACAUUUGACAGCCAAAAUAGCCACAUUAGAACCCACUUCAAUGACCAGCUAGUGCUGCUGCUCCGUGAGGUCCGGCAGCUGCAGAGCUUGGGUUUUGGCAUUCGAAAGGAUAUUAUCAACGAGGUGGAAGUUGCCAAUAAGUUUUACAGGUACGGUAUGGUGCUGAAGCAGCGUGCAAAUUUCUACAAUAAUAUUGCUACAGAGAUGGUGCCGUGCCAGAAACCCAUGAUGCUGAAAGACGCCCUGGAUUUCGAGAGAGUCCUCAUGAACCCAAAGGACGCACAGGGGAAGGAGAUUACAUGGCGCAAUGCCGCUGCGCUGGAUGGUUAUGUUCGUCGCCUAAACGAGGUUGCAGACCGGCUAGCUGACAAGAAUCGCACGUUACGCAAAUGGAACGCCAUGUUGACUGAGAAGGUGGUAACGCUGGCAGGUACGGACCUCGUCCGGCACAAGGAUAAGUGGGCUGCAGGCGUAAAAGAGAUGCGCGAUAUCUUCGGACGUCUCGAGUCGGAAGGGUAUACACGGGAGUCCCAACAGGUGUGGCGCCAACAUUGGGACUUCCAGCUUUACAAGGCACUGGAAGUACAGUACCUAUCAGGGCUUGAGAUGAUCAACAAAACGCUACCUGAAGUUGAAGUUAAGAUGGUAUUCCGUCAGCAUCGCCUGCAGUACGACCCGCCACUUGAGGAGCUACGCAUACGUCACGUGAAGGAUCUGCUCAACACCUUCCUAGGCCUGCCGCUGCGCAUGAAGGCGAGUAUCAGUGGGGUUAGUGACCUCUCUGAGAGGCCCGGCUUUUUUCGUCCCAUUGUGGAUGCUAACCCAGCUGGCAUUGCACGAGUCUACGCUGCCGCUGAGGCUCUUUUCGCGCAACUGGGUGAGGAGCUCAAGAAGUACCAGGACUGGAUGGUGCUGGGUACUUUAGAUCUGGACGAAUUUGCGGAUGAGAACUUGAUGGAGGUAUCGGACUGGGAGCUUAAUUUUCGGAUGCUAAAGGCGGCCAGCAGGGACGCAGAAAAGCUACCAAACGAGGUGCGAAUUGAAUGCUACAAGUUAUCGCUGGCACCUAUCAAGAGCACCAUUGACGAGCAUAUGAAGAAGCUCCAGGAGACAUUGGUGUCUAGCCUGCGCCGCAAGGCAGUAACGAUGGCGGAGAAAGACCAGAUUGAAGACUUCAUGAAAAAUGCACGCGAGCUCUUCCAGCGCCAGGCCAAUACUGUGGAGGAUAUUGGAAUCGCAGGUCAAGAAGCCAAAGCUCUCACGGCAAAGCUUACCGGCAUUCAGGCGUCGCGCCGACGGAUUGACGAGAAAAAUAAGCUACUCCGCCAAAUGGCAGGAGGCGGCAGGGAUGCGACAUUCGCUGUAGUGGACCUUGCCGACGUCAACAGCAGCUGGGAUGCUUUUGCUACGCAGCUGCAACAGUUUGAUGCGCACCUGGAGGAGCAGAAGAAUCAACUUGGCGUGCAGAUCGGCCGCCAGCUGGAUGAAUUCAAGGGCAAGGUGGUCGGCAUGAACAACCGGUGGCAAGAAUUAAAACCCAAGGGCGGUCCCAGUGGAAACCCGGCCGUGGUACUGGCUAAGAUCCAGGAAUACGCCAACGCUCUUCAGGAAUUGCGCCAGGAGAGCGCGAAGCUGCGCAAAGAGGCCGAGGCGUUUAAUAUCGACGUUCCGGACUUUGACCUGAUGAACGACAUGGAGGUGGAUGUAUUGGCUACAAAAGCAAACUGGGAUCGCUAUGCUAGUUUCCUGCGCGAGCGUGAUGAUAUUGCAAACCGCGACUGGCUAUCCAUGCGUGACCAGGUGUGGAAGAUCGAGGAUUUCCUGGCUAAGUGGACCAAGGCUACUGCUGGAAAAGGUGGUGAGGAUCCCAUCGCCAUCAUUCUGCUCAACGAGAUUGACAACUACACGCUUUGCUUGCCACACCUCAAGUCCUGCCUACGUGGUGCUGGCUGGGAAGAUAGCCAUUGGAAUCAGCUCUUCGGCAUGCUUGGCAUGAAGACGACGGGACCCGCAGCCAUAAGCAAGGAGACAGUCACUUUAACGCACUUCUUGGAGAAGGCUGACCUGGUCGUUAAGUACACAGAUGCAAUCAAGGCACUGGACGCGCAGGCGCAGGGCGAGGCGGUUAUUCGCAAGGCGCUAUCAGAGCUCAAGAUGUGGGGAAUGGCCCGAGAUUUCACAUUUACGGAGAGCUCUCAGAGUGUCGCCGGUCGCCAGCGCCGGACAGCGUUAAUUAAGGAGUGGCGUGACGCGAUGACGGAAGUGGGUGACAACCAGUCGCUAGUUGCUUCCCUCAAGCAGAGCAACUACUACGGCAUGUUUAAGGAUGAGGUGUCCAGCUGGGAAGCUAAGCUAUCUUUUUUGCAGGAGGGGCUUACCCUGCUUAACCAAAUUCAACGCAAGUGGGUGUAUCUCGAGCCCAUUUUUGGGCGCGGCGCGCUGCCGUCCCAGCAGCAGCGCUUCCGCAAUGUUGAUGAAGAGUUUCGCAGGACCAUGACAAGCCUGGAAUCAACCAAGAAGGUUGUUACAUUUGCUGAUAUUCCCGGCAUCCGCGACAAGCUUCCGCAGAUGGCACAGCAGUUGGACGUUUGCCAACGUGCACUUGCAGAUUUCCUUGAGGAGAAGCGGUCACAGUUCCCACGCUUCUACUUCUUGGGCGAUGAUGACCUGCUGGAAAUCCUGGGUCAGGCGCGCAACCCAGCGGUCAUACAGUCACACCUUAAAAAGCUCUUCGCCGGAAUACAAAAGGUGAAGUUCAGCCAGGACCAAAGCACGAUUCAGGCAAUGCAAAGUAUGGAGGGCGAGGUCGUUGAGCUGGCGCCUACAGUGCGCAUUACCGAGCAGAUUGAGACAUGGCUGGGCGACUUGACGCGCUCGAUGCGAAACACUUUGCAGCAGCAGAACGAGAUACUGUGCGCUGCUCGCAUGAAUGAUGAGUUCCGGACUGCCGCAAGUCAAAGCCUACAGCUGAAGGAAGCUGUAGCAUUCACUGAAAAGGCUGAGCUGGCGCUGAAGGCGGGCGCUGCUGGGCUAGCCAAGCUGGUGGCGGACAUACGCAUGCAGUUACAAAAGCUAACCAGCUCUGACUUCACAGGUCAUCAUCUGCUCCAGCUUAAGAAGCAGGCGUUGGUUUUGGACUUCAUCCAUUAUUGCGACGUUGCCGACUACCUGGCGAAAAAUGGAGUGUCAGGCACCGCGGAGUGGGGCUGGACUCGGCAGCUGCGUUAUUAUCAUCGUGCAGAGGGCUCAGUCAAGGUAGCUAUGGCUGAGGCAACGUUUGACUACACGUGGGAGUACCAAGGGAACGCACCCAAGCUGGUGUACACGCCGCUCACGGACAAGUGCUAUUUAACCCUUACCCAGGGCAUGGCUCUCGGUUACGGUGGCAACCCUUAUGGGCCUGCGGGCACCGGUAAAACUGAGUCCGUCAAGGCGCUGGGCCAGGCGCUGGCUCGGCAGGUGCUAGUGUUCAACUGCGAUGAGGAGUUCGACUUCAAGUCUAUGGGGCGCAUCUUCGUGGGCUUGGUCAAAUGUGGUGCAUGGGGCUGCUUCGACGAGUUCAAUCGACUGGACGAGGAGGUGCUGUCAGCUGUCAGUCAACAGAUACAAACUAUACAGCUAGCGCUCAAGGAGGGUGCGAGGACAAUGAUGUUCAUGGACAAAACUGUCGAGGUGGACAAGAACGCUGGCAUUUUCGUGACGCUCAAUCCAGCGGGGAAGGGUUACGGUGGCCGGUCCAGGCUCCCUGACAACCUAAAGCAGUUGUUCAGAUCCAUUGCAAUGACGGUGCCAAACAACGAGCUCAUUGCCGAAGUAUUGCUGCUGUCAGAAGGGUUCAACCACGCCAAGGACUUGGCUCGCAAGCUCGUGUCGCUAUUCAGCCUUAGCCGUGAGCUCUUGUCCCCGCAGCAGCAUUAUGAUUGGGGCCUGCGCGCGCUUAAAACAGUUCUGGGCAUUGCGGGGCGCGAGCUACGUGAUGCACGCAAGGCCGGGCAGUUGGUGGACGCAGACGUUGAGGCGGAGAUAAUUAUUCGCUCCGUAGCGGCAACUAAAUUGCCAACUCUCACGUUCGAUGAUAAUUCGCGGUUCAAGGCGCUUAUUGUUGACCUUUUCCCGGGGGCUAAGCUAACUGAUGCACGCAAUGCGGCCCUUGAAAAGGCUCUGGUAGAGGCUGCUGCUUCGUGUAAGAUGGAGCUCACCCAGCAACAGAUUGACCGCAUGCUGCAGUUGCACUUGGCGUGUGAGCAGCGUAUCGGCGUCAUCAUAGUGGGGCCUUCGGGCAGCGGGAAGAGCACACUGUGGGAGCUAUUGGAGAAGGCAUAUGAACGGCUGGGUCGCAAGCCAAUCGUGUACAAGAUGAAUCCCAAGGCGAUGCCUCGGCAACAGUUGCUGGGCUCUAUGAAUAUGGAUACACGUGAAUGGAGCGAUGGUGUGCUUACAGCGGCUGCGCGCAAGGUAGUUAAGGAGCCGCUGGAGCAGCGCAGCUGGAUCAUUUGUGAUGGUGACGUUGACCCCGAAUGGAUUGAGUCGCUAAACUCUGUGCUGGAUGAUAAUCGCCUCCUGACCAUGCCGAAUGGGGAGCGCAUUCAGUUCGCGAAUAAUGUGAACUUCAUCUUUGAAUGCCAUUCACUCGAGUUCGCCUCGCCCGCCACUGUGUCCCGCUGCGGUAUGCUGUUCAUGAGCGACGAGGCCAUGGACGUUGAUCGCAUGAUUCAGCGCUGGCUCAAGCUGCAUGCCGGUGGAGACGAGCCCGCGAUACAGAUGAUGUCCUGGUUCAACAGUUAUUUUGACAAGGCCUUCCAAUGGGCGAUCUCACACCCCCGUGCCGUGGAGACUACUAAGGGCGGCAUUCUUGACAGCGCUCUCAGCCAUCUAAAGCUGGGGCCUAGCAACAAAGCGGAGUUCCUUGCGGGUCUAUGCCGAGGCCUGGGCUCGAACAUGAAUGUUGAAGUUCGGGCCCAAUUCUACACCGACAUGUCUCGGAUAUCUGGCGAAGGUGGCAUCAUGGAUGUAGGCGUGCGCGCCGACCCGCUUAGUGUGCUUGGAGACGAGUUGCGCGAACGUGCCCUGGAAGAUGCCGACGGCGGGCUGGUGGUCACACCUGAGGUGGAUCAGAACCUGCUCAUGUUGGCUCCAUGGCUCAAGAAUCGUGACCCAUUCCUUGUGGUCGGUCCCGAGGGCUGCGGCAAGGGUACACUGCUCGAGUAUUGUUUUAAGCGUAUUGUCGGCAUCCAGGUCGCGGUGGUGAACUGCAGUGCGCAGACCAGUGCCAAUAACGUCGUUCAGAAGCUGGUGCAAGUCUGUGGCAAGCCUGUGACGACAACGAAUGGCAAGGCACUGCGGCCGCCAGAUAACACCCGUGUUAUCCUGUACCUUAAGGAUCUCAACCUUCCGCGCCCUGACAAGUACAAUACGUGUCAGCUCAUUUCGUUCCUUCAGCAGCUCAUUACCCACCAGGGUUACUACGAUGAGAACCUUGACUUCAUCCGUGUGGAGCGUGUGCAGAUCGUGGGCAGCAUGACGCCGCCCGGUUCCGUGGGCCGCCACGCGCUAUCCACCCGUUUCACGGCACUUGUGCGCAUCAUGACCAUGGGCUAUCCCGACCGGGAAAAUCUUAGCGCCAUUUACUCUAACAUGGCACAAAAGGUGCUGUCGACCUUCAAGACUGCAACUAGCGUGGCACCCGCGGCUAUGACAAAAGCCAUGCUGGAAAUAUAUGGCGCCGUGCGCGAACGUUUUACAGCUAAUGACUUGCCACACUACGAGUUUAAUGCUCGUGACUUGACAGAUUGGAUGGCAGGUCUACAGCGCUACAGUUUAGACGGAAGCCUUACGCUCCUUCAGGCCAUCGCACACGAGGGUAUUCGCGUCUUCCGUGAUCGCCUAGUGGGCGACCACCAGGACCAAUUCAUGUCUAUAUUGACCAGCACGUUACAGUCUAUGCUCAACUACAAGUACGACAGUAUGCCCUGGUAUGCCAGCACAUUGGGCGCCUCCGCUGAGGAGCGGAUCAGCGGCGAUUUGACAAAGAUCAAGAUGCUGCGAUGGGAGCAGGACACUUUUGCUGAACUGGUUGCGGAGAAACUUAAGAGCUAUGAACGCGAGCAUAAGGAACUCCACUUGCUACUCUUUCCCGAGGUGCUCGAGCGGGUGGCGCGAUUUGACCGGGUGCUCAGCCAACCCGGAGGUUCACUGUUGCUAUGCGGCAGCUCCGGUGUUGGGCGCCGCUCGCUCAUGCUCUUGCUGGCGUACAUGCUUAACAUGGAUUUCUAUACGCCCAAGAUGACAAAAUUGUAUGACCUCAAGUCGUUCCGUAACGACCUGAAGGAGGUGCUGCGCCGGGCGGGUGUGGAGGGACGGCCCGUGAUGCUGUUCUUGGAGGACCACCAGCUGGUGUCGCCAUCUUACCUGGAGCUGAUCAAUAGCCUCCUGUCGGGCGGCGAGGUGCCGGGCCUUUUCACGCCGGAAGAGCUCGCCAAGGAACUGGUUCCGUUGGAGAAGAGCCGCGACGAGGAUCCGCUAUAUACUGGGCCGCCUAACUCCUACGCCUUCUUCUCUUACCGUGUGCGUCGCAACUUGCACAUAGCUGUGUCCAUGGACCCCGCCAACGAUCAGUUCCGUACACGCUGCGAGGCCAAUCCCGCGCUUUUCACGCGGUGCAGCGUGCAAUGGAUUGAGGGAUGGAGCACCAAGGGCCUGCAGCAGAUUGCAGAUGCCCGGCUGCAGGAACUGGUAUCGGCCAGUCAUGAGUUGAGCAAACUUGGUGCCGACAAGCUAGUUGGAUACAUGAUACAUUUCCAUCUGGGCAGCACUGGCACUUCGGGCCGCGAGUACUUGGCCCUGGUUUCCUUGUAUGGCCAGAUCUACACCCGCAAGCGGACGCAGGUUUUGGAGCAGCAGACUUUCUUGAAGGGAGGUCUUGGGAAGCUAGCCGAGGCGGCAGUUACUGUUGACACCCUGAGCGUCGAGGCGGAGAAGCAACGCGUGGUUCUUAAGGCCAAGCAGGCGGAGGCCGAUGAGGCGCUGGUACACAUCCAAAAUUCAAUGCUUAAGGCGGCGGACCGGCGUAAGGAGGUAGAAGUGCUAAAGAAGCGCACGGCAGUAGAAGAGGUGGAAAUGAAGCAGAGGCGCAUCAAGGCGACCGUGGAGGAGGAACUGUCGGAGGUUCAACCACUUAUCGACGCGGCAAGGAAGGCCGUUGGCAACAUCAAGAAAGACAACAUUGCAGAAAUCCGGUCGCUCAAAAUGCCGCCUGACGCCAUCCGUGAUGUCCUGGAGGGUGUGCUAAUGAUAUUGGGCCAACAGGACACCUCGUGGAAUAAUAUGAAGACCUUCCUGGGCAAGUCAAGUGUUAAGGAUGACAUCAUCAACUAUGAUGCGCACAAGAUCACCCCUGAAAUCCGUGCUCGGGCUGAGAAACUCCUUGCCGCUAAGGGCAAUUCCUUUGAGGAGGCCGUGAUCCGGCGUGUCAGCGUAGCCGCAGCACCCAUGGCUCAAUGGGUGAAAGCGAACCUGGAAUUCAGCAAAGUCUUGCAGCGCGUGUCGCCUCUCGAGGCUGAGCUGCAUCGGCUACAGGCGAGCUUGGAAGAGAGUCAGCGACUGAUCCAACAAUAUGAAGAAGAACUAAAGCAGCUUGAUGCAGCGGUUUCCCAACUCAAGAAUGACUUCAGCAAGAAAACCAGUGAGGCGGAGAGCCUCAAGAUGAGCGUGGAGAAGGCAGAGGCAACAUUGACAUCUGCACGACAGCUGUUGGAUGGCUUGCGCGGUGAGAAGAUUCGCUGGGAGGCGCAGGUGGGAACGCUGGCCGAGCAGCUUAAGGAGCUGCCACUUUCGACGCUGCUGGCUGCCGCAUUUAUCACGUAUGCCCCGUCUCACCCAGAGGAGUAUCGACAUCGUAUCCUCAAGGAAUGGACAUCUUAUUUGAACUUGGGAGAAUUUGACGUGUGCCGCUUCCUGAGCUCCGAGUCAGAGAUGCUUAAAUGGAAGGCGGAGGGCCUGCCUGCGGACAUGCUGUCAUCUCAGAACGCUGUGGUCAUCCUUAACUCCACAUCACGCUCACCGCUUAUUAUUGAUCCAUCUACCCAGGCAUCCGAGUGGCUCAAGACACAUCUACGCGUCACUGGUGCCAAUGUUGAUGUGGUGACCAUGGCGGACCAACGAUUUACCACGACGCUCGAGCUGGCUGUGCGGUUCGGGAAGACCCUGGUGGUGGCGGAGGUAGACAAGGUAGAGCCGAUCCUAUAUCCGCUUCUGCGAAAGGACCUUGACCGCCAAGGGCCAAGAUUCGUUGUGCAGGUCGGCGAUAAGGCCACGGACUACAACGACACCUUCCGCCUUUUCCUGGUAACCCGCAAUCCCGAACCUUACCUACCACCCGACGCGCGGUCGCUCCUGGCCGUCACCAAUUUCACGGUGACGCGUUCGGGCCUGGAGAGCCAACUUCUGGGCCUAACCCUGCAAAAGGAGCGGCCUGAACUAGAGGAACAGAAGAGCACCUUGCUGCGCCAAGAGGAUGAGUGCAAGGUUGCGCUGGCGGACCUCGAGCGCAAUUUGCUGCAGACACUAGCUACCAGUUCGGGCAACAUUUUGGAGAAUAAGGACCUGCUUGACAAGCUUAAUGAGACCAAGACGCGGUCGGGGACGGUGGAGAAGGCACUGACCGAGUCCAAGUCGCUGCAGGCGAGCUUAGACCAGCAGCGCGAGGUAUACCGCUCGAUUGCAGCACGUGGCUCGGUUAUGUACUUCCUGCUGGCGGACCUCCAGGCUCUCAACCAGAUGUACACAUUUAGCCUGUCGGUAUUCCUAGUCUUAUUCCGCAAGGCCCUGCAGCGUGAUACACCGACUGGCGGCGAUGUCACGGCACGUAUUGCGCUGCUGGCCGAGUCGCUGCUGGAGCUGGUCUUCGCUUACGUGAGCCGCUCCUUAUUCAACGCCGACCGCCUUACCUUUGGUAUGCAUAUGGCUCGGCAUAUGCAGCCGUCGCUUUUUCCUGAUUUGCAGUGGGCGUUCUUCCUGGGCAAGCCAGUACCAGAUUCAGCCACCCCACCCCCCAAGCCGUCCUGGGUCCGCGAGGAACAGGCCGGGGCGUUUUCGGCCCUGGCGGCCGCUUUUCCGCAGCUUGUGGUGGCCGCUGAGCUUUCUGAUUCGGGCCUUUGGGCUCAAUGGGCCAGCGGCGCAACGGACACGUUACCCGCAAAAGUGGGAAGUGGCCGCCUUAAUCCGUUUCAGCAACUGCUUCUGGUCAAAGCUUUCCGCCCGGAUCGCCUUCAGUCGGCUAUGUUGUCUUUUAUCUGCGGCACGCUCAACAUCAAGUCAGUGGCGCCGCCUCCUUUUUCGCUCAAAGCGCUCAUUGAGACGGAGAGCCGCUGUGAUGAGCCCGUGCUGUUCAUCACCACACCCGGUGCGGAUCCAUCCCAGGAGCUUUCUGAGCAUGCUGCGGCUACGAUGGGCAAGGAGCGUUACCACGAGGUGGCCAUGGGCCAAGGUCAGGCGGAGAAGGCGGUGGCGCUGCUGCGUGAGUGUGCCAAGUCAGGUGAUUGGCUGGUCCUCAAGAACGUGCACCUGGCAGUGUCCUGGCUGCCCUCACUGGAAAAGGAGCUGCUUAUGAUGCCGAAACACGAGAACUUCAGGCUCUUCCUUACCUCUGAGCCCCAUCCGAAAUUCCCGUCAACACUAUUGGAAAUAAGCCUGAAGAUCACGUUCGAAGCUCCUCCAGGCCUGAAAAAGAACUUGCAGCGCACCUACGAAGCAUGGUCUGCGGAGUUCCUGUCUUCCGGGCCCCCCAUCCGCGCCCAACUGCUUUUCGUACUGGCUUGGUUCCACGCGGUGGUGCAAGAGCGGCGCACAUACAUACCGCAGGGCUGGACCAAAUUUUACGAGUUCUCAUUCGCGGACCUGCGCUCGGGUAUGGACGUGAUUACCCAGGCCACCCGGUCCGGUGGCGCACCACAAUGGCCCCUUCUGCUGGGGCUGCUGGAUGAUGCCAUCUAUGGUGGCCGUCUGGACAAUCCCUUUGAUCAGCAAGUACUGUUAACCUUUCUGCGACGCCUUUUCAGCCCAGACACCGUCGGUAUGACAGGUGCCAAGGUGCGGCCACUGCCGGGUAGCAAGGUCGUGGUACCUACAACGAACCACCGUGCCGACUAUGUGUCUAUCAUCUCGGCGCUUCCGGACAUCGACACGCCUGGACUGUUCUGUAUGCCUGAAAAUAUUGACCGCACCGCACAGCAAGUGAACUCCAACCGCGUCAUUUCGCAGCUAAAGAUGAUGAGCCUUCAUGCGGACGCGGCAGGUGGCUUCAAUCGUGCACAGUGGCAGGUGCAGCUGGGGCCGCUGCUGCGGCUGUGGGACCAACUCAUGGCAGGCGCAGGCGCACUUAAGGCGGUGAUGAAGGAGAUUCACACGCGCGGCACGUCAGAUUGUGGAGGCUCGCCUGUGGAGAACUUCAUGGCGCUGGAACGCUUUAAAGGCGCCAGCCUGGUGGCGCUCAUAGAUCGUACAUUGGGGGCCAUAGCACGUGUACUUAAGGGCACUGAUACACUGUCAUCGGGCGUGCAACUUAACGGCACAGCGCUACUGUCCGACACGAUUCCUGGUGCUUGGGACGCAGCUUGGGAAGGUCCCGAGGCGCCCAUGGACUACUGCCGCACCGUGGUGGCAAAGGCGCUGGCCAUUGAGGGGCAUUGGCAGCGCUGCCAGCAGCCUGGCGGUGGCGGCCUCCUGGAUGGCAGCAGCGGCGCGGGUCCCCUGGAGCUGAGCUCCGUGUUCCACCCAGGCACAUUCCUAAAUGCACUGCGGCAGCAGUCGGCGCGUGCACUAGGCUGCUCCAUGGACACACUCAAGCUGGUGACCAGCUGGGAUGCGGCACGGCUUCACUCCACAGCGAGUGCAGCGCCUGUGGUGCUGCUGGGUGGCAUAAUCCUGCAGGGGGCCACCUUUGAUGGCAGCCGCCUAAGCCCUGUGACGGCUGAGGCACCUGCGUUUCGUGCAAUUCCACCUAUGUAUUUGUUGUGGCUGCCAAAGGAUGCACCGUAUGCGUACAGCAGCUACAUGGAGGCACCACUGUAUAUGACAAGCGAGCGCACCAAGCUCCUGGCGCGGGUGCAGCUGCCCCUGAAUGGGCCAGAUGAGCAAGACAUCUGGGUGCUAGCAGGGCUGGCGCUGUUCCUGGGCGUCUGA